AUGUUUGCAGUUCCAUCCGCUGGCACAGGCAUUGAUUCGAUCUCCAAACCAAAGUUGUUGCCUGACACUGUCUUCGGCUGGACAGAGGGCUACACAGCUGGGUCAGCGGGAACGCCAAAGCUGAGUGUGGAGGAAGUGCGGAAACGCGCAAACGCCAAGGGGCUGCACACAGGUCAGGGUUUCGAGCUGUUCUUCGACCAGGCGUGCCGAGUAUCCCCGGAAGCCGACUUCAAGAUUCCAGAGCGCCUUAGGCUUGACACUCUCCGUGAACCGCGCAGCGAAUGCGAGCGAGUGGUCUUGAGCAACGCUUUCCUCACGAUGUUUCCCAAUUUCGCCAACGCCAUUUUGUUCACCUUCUGGAGAAUGACGUUCAAACUGGCACGUUUGUCCAUGGAUCCUACCAAGGCAAUGGUGGACGAAAUCUUGAAGGUCUUGUACGACUUCCUCAGGAGAGUCCAACAAGGCGGAAAAAACUUCUACCUCGAUGAUGACUUCUACAAAGCCUUCGGCUAUCGCAAGGACGGCUCAUUGUUUGGAAAACUUUGGUCCAACCUGCCGAGUGCUUUGACAGAGAUUGCUGCCACCUUACAGACGCGGAAGGAUACCAGGACCCAAUGGAUCACGGAGUCCAUUGCCUUCCGCUCCAAGUUGAAAUCUGCACGGCGGAUGAGGGUCAGGGAGUUGGAAAAUGACAGGAAAACCAUCGCGACGGAGGUGGAAGGUUGUAUUUGUCAAGAACAGUGGACUGCUUACAAGUGGCGCAAACUCAUGCCUCAGCUUGAGACAUUUUCAGGCUGCGUGGAGAAUAGCGACCAACAAAGUCUGAAGUUUGUCAAGAAUUCCAGUAGCUGGAAAGGUUUCUGCAAAACCAAGCGGGACAUGUACUCUGCGGUCACGACGCAGUGCGGGGUGAAGUUCGCGGAAUGCGAUCCCGAGGCAGAGAGUAAGAAGCCCAAGUUCCAGAUCUGGCGUUCUGCAGAUGUGCUCCGGGCAGUGCGGUUGCCGUUGCUUCAGCUGGAUCUCUAUCUGCAUAUCGAUCUGCGCAACCGCCGCGCUGACUUCUGCACUCCAAAUUUCGCACCAUUGAUGCUGGACUCAAACACGCACUGGUCGAUGUCCAACUGGCUGCCAUAUGACCUGCGUCGUUCGGGCUGUUUUGGCGCGCGCAUCCAUCCACCCGGCUUCAGUUUGCAGCUGACCAGGUGCCGACAUCGAGCCCUUGGUAGCAGCAAAAAAGUCACAACCGAGUGGUCCAUGACAGGUGUUGCUUAUUUGGUGAGCCACUACAACGUCUGGGGCACCGGUGACGGAGAUAUGACGCGCACCUGGUUCGGAGGAGGUGAAAAUUGGGGAGCAGCGGCAGCAUCUCAGGGAUGGCCCAACUUUCUGAUGGCGGACCCUGGUACUUGGUUCUCUUCUUCUGCAGGAAGUGGCUACUUGUCCACCCCCAGCGUAGCGGCUUCGCCCUCGGCCUUUUGGUUCGGUUUGUUGGCGGAAGUGAUCUCCACCCUCUCAAUGGCCGAGUUCUUCAGCCCUAAAAACGCCAGCAGCAAAAUGCACACUGCCAAGACGGCCGUGACCACAGCAGUCGUGGUCAUUUGGCGCCUCCUGCAGAAGUAUGCCGUGGUCCCAAAUAGUUGGAGCGCCUUUAUGGGAACGGCAUCGGUGUUGAAAUCGCUGGGCAUGAAGGGCUUGCUGAAGGCCACCGGCUUUCGCAAUGAGCACGAUGUGGUGCUAAGCUUGAAGUACGCCACGAAUUUUGCUCGACGCAGGUUGGAUUUGGCCAGUUUGAUCAACGACAUGAGCAUGGAUCAGCUCCGCGAGAUCUUCUUCGCCGCCAAGGUCUUGGGUGCUCCGGUGGAUCAAUUGUGGGUGAAUCACACUUCCACCGCUGCGGGUGCUCCGAGCGUGGUGCGAAACAUGCACCGGGAGCGCUGCGAUGGACGUCCGCUUUGGUACAAGGCCGGGGAAGAAUAUGGCACUUGGACCCGUUGGACGUCAUCGAUUCUCAUAGCGCUGGAUCCCAGCAGAUCCAACGCGUGUCUUGGGGACUUUGAGAUCGAACAGGUUCUGCAACAAGUGUCAGUGGAGACCCUGGAAUGCUGGGGGAACCACAUCUCAAGUGUGGAAUCUGUUCCUAAAGCCAAGCCGGAGAUGUUCAAACGCAUCAUGAUGGAAGCCAACAGGAAGGAGAAGAAAAUGACCCCCAGCAUUUUUGAUUCAAGCGGUCAAUUGCUGAAAGGGACUGAGGUUCCAUUGGGCUACUUUUCCUUGUCCUAUGUGAGGACGUUUAUGUCAGAGAACUUUGGCAACUUCCUUAGCAGCAUGAACACGAGCAAGCAGGAGAGCUUCCUGAAGAUCUUCGGGCGUGGGAAAAAGAGUCGGGUGAAGUUGAAGCAGUCUCCGAUCGUCUCGCUCAUGCGCUCCAUCCUACGCCCCGGUCGCCGCGAUGCCAUUUUUGCGAAGGAGGCGCCAAGCGGCUUCCAGCCGGAGGAGAUCUCGUCUUCCAAAACGUCCUACUACGAUGUUGGCUUGAGCAUUUUGACGCGCUUGGGCUUCUCCUUUAUUAAGCUUCCUGGGAUCUUCCAGUUACAGCCAUAUUUGCAGCUGUCCGUGCAAUAUGAUGUGAAGGAGAUCUUGCGGGUCUUCAAGGCCAAAGUGCGGCCUGGUCAUGAAUCGAGCAAAGUUCAAGAACAUCUCCGACGUAAAAGAACUUGUGAGCAAUGCAUCGAAAUGAACUUGGCCUUCUGUGACCGUCAGGAGGCAGCAGAUGCCAUGCUGAAGAAAGGCCACACUAUGGACAUGGAUGCUUGCGAACCCAUGGACCUGCAGAGCAAGGAGAUGUGCCACCGCUUUGCGUUGCCAGAGGGAACACAUCUGGCGAAGACGCUCAGAGGCGAUGGUCUCUUCAAGAAAGAGGUGUGUCCCUGCUACCGGCCCGUCUCCGGCACGCAGAUCGUGCCGCGCUGGAUCACCACGAAGGCCAGCUGUGCAGAUAUCAGUUGGCCGGAUGCCGAAGUGGAAGCCCUGAAGCGGGCCAGCAAAGACCGAGAUUGGUCCAGUGGUUUCUCCAUGCAAAACCAAAACGUCCGCUUCGGCUUGGAUGAGAUGGAUAAAUUCAAUUCGGAGCCUCCAAAACAAAAGGGUUGCCUUGAGGGCUACCGCUGCUGUGCAAUCUUACAGGACUCCGAGAAACCUUCCAAGGUGCGCUGCGUAGAGACCAAGUCGUUGUUCAAGAAGAGCAGCUGGAUUCAUCCUACGAGUAAGUGCAAGUACUUCAAGCCAAAGGAUUUGAAGGGUCCCUGGACCCAUGCAGAGCAGCACUGCGCUGCAGAUGAUGUGGAUGGCUAUUGGUCCUGGAACAAGGAGGCGAAUGAAUGGCAUGAGGAGUCUGCGCCCGUGGAGGUCCCGACAGAAGCUGAGGCUUUGACGGGGUCUGGAGCCUUAGAUCCGUAUGGAGAAAACGUGACGCUGUUCCUGACAGCGAGACAAUGGGAGGUGCCGCGUCUUGCUGCACUCUGCGAGCGACAGAUCAAGAUCCGCCUGAGCAUCGACUCAGUGUUGCCCUUGCUGCGCGUCUCAGCGGCGGAGCCGCGGGCGGAGUCAAUCCAAGAUGCCUGCAAACAAUUCUUCCUGGCCAACUACCAGGCAUGUACGAAUCUGCAGGAGUGCGAGGCUUUGGAUCCUCGACUUUUGUGUGAACUCAUGCGUUUGAACACCGCCAAAGCGGCUUCGCCCGUGGCCGCGGCGCCGGGUCCACCUAUGGCUCCGUCUGCAGCAUCUCCUAGUUCUCCGCAGGUGAUUCAUAGCUCGGGUUCAGCACCGCAAUUGGCCACCUCUCCAGGUGCCAGAUCGAAGGCUGGACAGUCCCCGCAAGCGUGGUGCGAGGAUUUGCAGGAAUCCUCCUGGCACGCCACCUCGUUGGACCAUGCGCAAGCGCUGCCAGCAUCUACCUUGGCACAGGAUUUAAAGCGCUUGCUGACGGAAGAAAUUGCCCCGGACUUUGAGGUGGUCGUGCAAGAUGAGGUCAUUUUGGUGCACAAGUUCUUGAUGGUCGCCAGAAGCAAGUACUUUGAGACUUGUAUCUUGACCAGCGGAAUGCAGGAAUCACAGGAAGGACGUUUGGUGAUCGAUGCAUCCUGGGCCAUGACUGCGGAAGAGUUUCGAGCGUUACUUCACUUCCUCUACGCAGGAGACGAAAUCCUACGCAUAUUGGCACCUCACACUGCCAUGUACCUGGUUGAUGCCUCAUCAUUCUAUGGCCUGACGAACCACCGUCUGAAGCAUUUUUGCGAAUUGUGCAUCAAGGACUCUUUUAACGAGACCCACGUCUUGCAGCUCUUUGAAGCAUCCAGUCGGCUGGACGUGGAGGGCACUCAGGCUGUUCGAAGCAUGGCCCUGGAUUUCAUCAUCUCCAACUUCCACACAGUUUGUCAACAGCCUGCGCUGGAGCAAUUGGACAGGUCCUUGCUCAUUGAGAUCAUGAGAGGAGUGGCUGAUCGUUUGCAUCCAAGUCCUCCACAGGUGCAGGUGUCGAGCCUGCCCAAUGUGGCACUGGGUGGGGAGGCUAGCUCAUUCUACACCGGCCCUAGUGUGCAGACCUAUGCCAGCCCGGCAGGCGUCUAUGGCGGUGCCCCCAUAGCCGGUGGUGCUUAUUCUGGCGGCACUUUGACCGCAGGUGCCUACACCGGUGGUACCCUAGCAGCUGGCUCCUACACAGGUGGCACCAGCGCUUUGUCUGGUGCCUACACGGGUGGCACAAGUGCCUUAGCUGGUGCCUACACCCCUGGCACCCUUGCGGGAGGUACCUACAGCCCCAGCAGCGGUGCAUACACCGGUGCAGUUGUUGGUGGAACAAGUUACACCGGUGGUACUGUAGCUGGUGCUGCCUAUACCCCUGGCACCAUUUCCAGUGGUCUUGCAUAUACCCCGGGAUCCAUCUCGGGCGGCGUGACCACAGUGUCCGGUGGCAACUACAGCAGUGCACCCGCUUAUGGUACUGGCACUGGUAGCUUUAGCAUUGCACCAGCCAACACUUAUGGUGGCUACUACGGUGCUGGUACCUACAGCAGCCCCCCUGCAGAGGCGCAAGGCGCAAGCAGUGCCUCUUUCACUGUUCCACCCAUGGGCCAGGACCCAUACAGUGGCACGGCGGCACUCCCGACGACGAAUUCCAUGCUGCUGAAUCCCUUAAAUCCUUUGCAGUCGGCCCCUUCGAUGAUCGCCUACAACUCAGGGCUUUCUGGUGGCUUCGGCACCGGCCUCGGGUACUCCUCUGCAAUGGACGGCCCCUUCAAGUUCUACGCCACUCCACCUGGAAAGCUUCCAGAAGAGCCACGUCCCAGCAAAACGGACGAUGCCGCGCAAACUGGUUUCUCCCUACGUGCAGGCGUCUCAAGUGAGCCAAGAGAAGACGCGGAAAGCAGCAGUAAGAAGUCGGGGAAAAAGCACGCAUCGAAAAAGAAGAAAAGCAGCGGUUGUUGCUGA